AUGAGACCGUUCGUAAAGGAUGUUGGUGGUGCGAAGGCAAUUCUCGAUGAAUUUUCACCACAUUUGAUACAAACAAAACAAAAAUUGGUUGAUUCAUUGGGUUUUCGGCAUUGGCUUUUAAUACUUUUUGUCGUUGGGACAGUUUAUGGGCUUGUUGUAUAUCAGGAUAAUCGCAUGCCUUCAGUUAUACCUGCAGGACAAUAUAAAAAAUUUUCGGAAAUUCGUGCUCGUCAUUUACUUAAUGCUCUUACUGAUCUCGGUCCUCGUCCAAGUGGUUCAAAAGCUUGUGAAGUGGAUGCAGUUAAUAUUAUUACUCGUCGACUAAACAAUGUACGUUAUGAAAUUAAAUCUCGUGGAGUAAAUCGCUUUGAAAUGGAUAUACAGAGACCAUCUGGAUGUUACGAUCUGAAAUUUUUAUCAUCUUUUACUCUUUGUUAUUCGAAAAUAACAAAUAUUGUGGCUCGAAUAGGACCUGCAACGCCUGCGAAACAUGCAAUCCUUCUCAACUGUCAUUUUGAUACCCUUCCAGAUUCUCCUGGUGCAACGGAUGAUGCGGUGAGUUGUGCUAUACUUAUGGAAAUUUUGGAUUUAUAUUCGCAUAAGACAACUGCUCUUCAGAAUGACAUUAUUUUUUUAUUCAAUGGAGCAGAGGAAAAUUUUCUGCAAGGCUCGCAUGGCUUCAUAACUCAACAUCCAUGGCGGCAUUCAAUACGUGCUUUUGUUAACUUAGAAGGUUCUGGAGCUGGUGGACGAGAAAUUCUUUUUCAAGCUGGUCCAGGAAAUUCCUGGUUACUUCAGACUUAUCUUGAAAAUGCGCCAUAUCCUCAUUGUAGUGUUUUAGCACAAGAAAUUUUUCAAGCUGGAAUUAUUCCUUCUGACACGGAUUUCCGUGUUUUUCGUGAUUAUGGGCGUAUAUCAGGCUUGGAUAUUGCGUAUUUUCGAAAUGGAUGGGUUUAUCAUACGGAGUUUGAUCUGCCAAAGUUUAUUGCUGAAGGUUGCAUUCAACGUGCAGGAGAGAAUAUUUAUGCCUUAAUUGAAGCUCUGAUAAAUUCACCUUAUUUGGAUGAUCAAAAUUAUUUCACUGAAAGUAAUCAAUGGGUCUUCUAUGAUGUUAUUGGUUUGUUUACUGUAUUUUAUUCCGUUCCUGUGGGUAAAUUUUAUAAUUAUUUAACUGCUUUAAUUAUUCUGAUUUUGGUUUUAUAUCGCAUUAAACGGCGAAUUUAUUUGUUUGCUGAUGUUCUUUAUGCUCUAUUUCAUCAUGCUAUUGCUAUGUCCUUCAUGAUUGCCGUUGGAUGCAUCGUGACUCUUAUGGUUAUAAAACUUGAUUUAGUCAUGUGUUGGUACAAACGUCCUGAACUCGUAUUUCCUCUUUAUAUUUUCCCUAUGCUUUUGUCAGGUUGUACUGCUCAUUCGAUUAUGGCAAGGCGAUCCAUGUUACGUAAUGCCGAAAUGGUUCAAUACGAUAGUGUUUUGAUUAUCUUUGCAUCCAUACUUUUUAUAUUAACAUGGAAAGGAUUCGCUAGUGCUUUCUAUUUGCUUAUUCAUUCGUUUUUCCCACUUCUUCGCGAUCCACUUCUUUUUUUCUUGGGAAAGAUUGGUAUAUUAAGAAGAGUGACGAUUCGUUGGUUGUUAGGUACACAGCUGCUUUGUACGGUGCCUGUCAUGGUAUUUGGUGCUUAUGCUGUGAUGUUGCUUUUCGAUUUCUUUGUACCAGUAGUUGGUAGGCUUGGACAGAAUCUUAAUCCAGAAUUCAUUGUCUUACCAUUAAGCUUUCUUACCGCAAUGUCUUUCGUAUUAUUCACUAAUAAUUUGGUUUAUUUGACUCGACGUAUGGAUUAUUUGAUCAAAUGUGGACUUGCAUCCUUCUUAUUUUUCUUAUUAAUACUUUCUACAACGCGACUUGGUUGGCCGUAUUACUAUUCAGAGUCUUCACCACGUUUAAGACGUAUUAUCGCUCUAGAUACUAAACGCACAAUUUUUCCAUUUCUAAGCAAUGAGUCUACUGUGGAACAUGCGUUAUUUGUUCAAGCAUUAGACUAUCGUGGUAUUUCUGAUUUACCUGAACAUACCUUUCUAUCAGGCAAUAAGCCUGAUUGUCGAAAUAUCAGUGAUGAAUAUUGUCGAUUUCCGUUUUAUACGGCUAUUCAUGAAAUGUUUCCACCCGAGGAAGCGCGUUGGAUACCUUUACCAGACAAUCUUGUUAUAAACGACCCUAUUACUUUAAAUCUCGAAAAGAAAAUUCCCAUUUCUGCGGAUGAAUUGAAGUUAAGCUUCGUUUUGAAGGGUGGAGUUGAUAAAAGUUCCUUACAUUUAACGCCAUUAAAUGGCUUUACCCUAAAGAAAUGGUCUUUUACUGAUCUCAAUGUUGAAGCAUUUGGUAAACGUAAGACGUACUUCGUUUUUCUUACUUAUGGGCAUGAAGCGCCAUCUGAAUUCAAAUUUUGGAUUCAUCUAAAACUUGAGAAUGGCUCAAAGUUUAUAAACAUUGAUGAAUUACAAACUGUUCCCACCUUUGAAGUCUCAGUUGCCUCACAUUAUGCCCAUGGUCCACAUCAACAUUCUGAAACGGCUAGACAGUUGCGUUCACUAAUAGAGAUGAGGCGAAAAGUGCCUCAUAUAGCUGUUGGAUGGUGGAAGUGGGCAAUUACAUCAAUUAUCGGAGUCGCACAAAUUGUUGUUUAUACGUUUUAA